GUGAACAUCUAUCUCGUUUCCAAUACACUUCAUGGCCUUUGGCCUCAGCUUGGUUAGCGUUUGUUUACAAUAUUUCCGUAGCUUUUCUCGCGUAUUACCCAUUUAGUUAUUCCUCGAGACGAUGGCCAACCGUACAGUGAAAGAUGCAAAAAAUGUGCACGGAACUAACCCACAGUAUUUGAUUGAAAAAAUUAUUCGGUCCCGUAUUUACGAUUCAAAGUACUGGAAAGAGCAAUGUUUUGCUCUGACCGCCGAAUUGCUUGUCGAUAAGGCGAUGGAUAUUCGAUUUCUUGGUGGCGUAUUCGGUGGAAACAUCAAACCGACGCCGUUUUUGUGCCUCACACUUAAAAUGCUCCAGAUUCAGCCCGAAAAGGAUAUUGUGGUGGAGUUUAUCAAGAACGAAGAGUUCAAGUAUGUGCGAGCAUUGGGAGCGUUUUAUUUGAGACUAACCGGCUCGUCACUGGAUUGUUAUAAGUAUCUGGAACCCCUGUACAACGACAACCGUAAGCUGAGGCGACAGAAUCGAAUGGGUCACUACGAGCUAGUGCAUAUGGAUGAAUUUAUCGAUGAUUUGUUGCGGGAAGAGCGAGUGUGUGACAUAAUUCUACCGAGAAUACAGAAGCGGCAUGUGUUGGAGGAAAACAAUGAGCUCGAACCGAAGGUUUCCGCUCUCGAUGAUGAUUUAGACGAGGAAAUGCCCAGCGAUGACGAAAAUCUCGAAGAAAUAGCGGAAGCAUUGAAAGCUAAAGAGAAGGAGAAAAAGCUGGAAACCAUCAAAAUUAGGGAAAGUAAACGGGAACGGUCGGUAUCCAGAGAGCGCCAACUUGAAAAAUCCAAAGACUCCGGAACGCACCGGGAUCGCGGGCAGGAACGGUAUCGUGAUUAUGAUAGAGGAAGGGACAGGGAACGGGAUUACGAUAAAAGAGAGCCAGCAACGGAUCACCGUUACAAGGAGCGAGAGGCACGGGAGAAGGAUCGCGAUCGCCAACGGCGACAUGAGCGGGAACGGAUAGACGAACGGGAUCGAGAUCGACGUCAUGGCGAUCGAGAUCGGGAACGGGAUCGUGAACGCGACAGAGAUCGAGACCACCGAGAGAGAGACUACGAGCGAAAUCGAGACCGGGACUACGAUCGUGAACGAGACUACGAUCGACGUAGACGCUAGCCUAGCAAGUAGAAUAGACCUUUACUGCAACAACAACAAAAAACGAGUGCUUUUAUUGUG